AGAUUUGAGGCCUGAUCCAGCCAUCAUUACAACACUAUGGAGGUUUUGCUUCUGCUGGUACUGACCUAACAUCGUCAACAAUCUCAAUGAACAGCAUCCAGUUUGAUUGGAAAAACUCACCUCGUGUAUGCCCAUGUGAGUGUGGGUGUAUUCACGAGUGUGAGGCCCUUUUUCCUUAAUUCAACUUUUCUGCAAAUGGAGCACUUGUGGAUGCCUGGUUGUACUUCCCAGGCUUUAAAAAAGUCUUUUUCCGGUCAAGUGAAUCGCCAGAGUCAGCAACCCCUUGGGCACCGUUUAGGAAUUCCCCGCAAACCGAAGAGGCUGUGGAAAGGCAACUAGAAGAAAUUUAUUUCAUUUGGCAUGUUGCCUCUUUUAUAGGUUGAGGAUGCGAGCGUGAGGGAUGGGCGAGAGUCGAAGCGAGUGAGGGGAAAAACCGAUUGGAAUCACUAUUGGAAAACCCAACACCAAUGCGAGUCAACGAGAGUCGGCAGCCCAAAAGGCACCGAGGCCACGACCGACUUGAACUGUACGUGAAAGGGGAAUAACUUCAACAAAGGAAAAGUCUAGAAGGAGACGGGUUAUUGCUCCUUUCGUUACGACAAGUUUCCUAGAGGCGUGCAGAUUGGAAUGUUUGCUGGUGGAAUUGAGCUGAAACCGGCCAACUUUGGAAUCGCGAAAUGAAUUUUUCGCGAUGGAUGAUCAUAACGUGGCGUGAUCAAGUGAACUGAUCCUUAUCGUGUUAAAACUGACAAUUUGUCGAACAUUGAAAUCUCCAUUGUGAUGUUGGACUUGGGACAGGGAUCGGUGAACAUCGUGACGGUGAAGUCGGCCAUCGAAAAAUCUGCCUGGCGGGAAGCUUCGUGGCCAUUUCGUCACCUGUGAUAUCGUCCAUCACCUACAAGAUCAAGGGCCUUCCCCAAUCCAGAAUGGACGCAGCUGGAACUAGGACUGCGAGUUGGAUCUGGGCCCAAUCCAACGUCCGGCUGUCUCGACGACGACCGCUGAUUUCAAAUUUCAAGACAGAUUUGCAUGGCUCUCUGACGAUGACAGUUGAUCGAGCAACUUGUUGUCUGUCAGCAAAUCAGCAAGAAGACAUUUGCGGUCGCAAAAAUUGCACUUUUACUUGUACGGAACCGGAGCCUUCGAUUCCUGAACUUGAAAGCGAUCCAGCGAAUUUCAAUCGUGACAGGGCCUUUUUUAUUGAAACCUCUGGCAGCGGUGGCUUGAGCGUUCGACAGGCUUGCGCGGUCGAGUCACUUGCCUUGCACAACCCAAACCUGACGGUCUACGUCCUUUUCGUCAACGUCAAAAUCAACACCAGUCUAGACACUGUGCAGGAACUCGAGAAAAAGUACAACAACGUCCACCUAAUCAGCAUCAAUUUGGAUGAUUACAUGGCCGGAACAGCGCUAGAGCAUUGGUAUCACUGUUCCGAUUGGAGAAAUGGAUUUUACGUCAACAAUUUGAGUAAUGGACUUCGUUUGCUGACUCUGUCCAAAUACGGCGGAUAUUAUUUCGAUCUCGACAUCAUUUCCGUGCGACCCGUUACGUACUAUCGCAAUUUUGUUGCCGCUCAGGAUGGAAACGAUAUCAAUAACGAUGUGAUCCAUGCGGAUUUAAAUAACCCUGUAAUUCAACUGGCCAUCAAAGACUUUAUCAUCAACUUUAAACCAGAUGUUUGGGGACACAACGGUCCUUCUAUGAUUUUACGCGUCUUGCAAAAUUGGUGCAACGUUGGCAAUCUAACGUCGAUGGAUUACGUCACAUGUCGGGGAUUUAAUGUUCUGCCGACAUCGUCAUUCCAUCCAGUUCAUUAUUCCAAGAUGAAUGAAUUGUUCAUCCGGCGAAUGGCCAACGAAACGGAUACGCUAUCCGAUUGGUUGACUGAGAAAGUGAUCGGAGUUCACAUUUGGAACAAGUUGAGCAAAGACCAGCCGAUUUACAAGAAUUCGACGCAGGACUACAAUCGACUGGCUCGAGAUCAUUGUCCUGCCAAUUUUGCCAUUGCCCCGGAAACUUUUUAACGUCUACAUAUUUUAAAAAGCGAAAUUAGUUUUUAUUAUGUAAAAUGUCGCUCUGGGAUAUACACACGUUAAGUUUGAAA